AUGCACAGACUUCAAGUGGUUCAGGCUUUUCCGUGCUGCGUGCUGCUCUCUCUCCUCUGCUGGACAGUGGCAGUGCCUCUGGACUGCAAGGAUGACUCCGGUUCUCUGUCCCGCUGUGCGACCAUCUCUCAGGAGAAGCUGCUGGACCGGGUCAUCCAGCAUGCAGAGCUCAUCUCCCGUGUCUCUGAGGAGUCCUGCACGCUGUUCGAAGAGAUGUUUGUCCCGUACGCAAUGAGAGCCUUCAGAAACCAGGGAGGAAACACCUGCGUCACAAAGGCCUUCACCAUCCCAAACUCCAAGAGCGAACUCCAGCAGAUAUCGGACAAGUGGCUCCUUCACUCCGUGUUAAUGAUGGUCCAGUCCUGGAUCGAGCCACUGGUUUACCUGCAGACCACUCUGGAUCGCUACGAUGACGCGCCGGACACUCUCCUCAAUCGGACCAAGUGGGUGUCUGAUAAACUGGUGAGCCUAGAGCAAGGCGUGGUGGUCCUGAUACGCAAGAUGCUCGAUGAGGGAAUGCUGUCCUCAUCUGUGUACGAGCCUGGAGUGUUGCAGUACGAUGUUCAGCCUGAGAUACUGGAGUCCGUCCUCAGGGACUACACCUUACUCUCCUGCUUCAAGAAGGAUGCCCACAAGAUGGAAACCUUCUUGAAGCUCCUCAAAUGUCGUCAAACAGACAAGCUUGGCUGUGCUCUCUUCUGAAUGUGUCUGACCUUGAAUAAUUAGCACUCAUUAGCACUCUGUAGCAGAUAGAUUACUCUACUUUUUCUCAGUUUUACCUUUUUUUCUUAGCUAUACUGUCAGUUCUACUGGCCACUUUGUUGGAAACCCCUCGUAGAUCCACCUUGCUGGUGUAGUUAGAGACUGUAGCCCAUGUGUUGUUGUACAGUUUGUAUUAGCUAUCCUCCAGCCCUUCAAUUUCUGACCACAGAGCUGCUCUUGGUUAGACAUUUUUGGGUGGUGGACCCAAUCUACCAGUGCUUACAAUCAAAGUAUUCUGGUCAAUAGUGGUUCUGUGAUCAGAAGCUGGUCAAUAAUGAAUAGGUUGGGUGGUUGAUGGGCUACGGUCUGCAACUGUACACCUAUAUAGUGGACAUAUGAGGAAAGUGGAGCUCAUAAAGUGGUCAGUGAGUAGAAAUACAAGCUAGGAGUUUCUAAAUAAAGUGGCAUGAAUGGUAAUAUGGGUAACAACUAUAACAAAUGCUGGCCAUUGACGAAGCUAUAUUUCCAGUGUGGAUUUAAACUCAUUAUGUGUGAUCGCAAUUUAUAAUAUAUGUUUGCUCCUUUAAAGCAAAGCAGGAUAUUCGUGGCUUUUUGUAAAAGACCAUGGCGAAGAGACUGCGGACAGAGUCCCCCCGGAUAGCAAUGCAUGUUUGCCUUUUCACUGAAUCUGCAUAUUUCACCAUUGAUUUGACUCCCUCUUUGUUCUUAACCGGAGUUUGUAUUCCUCCGGUUCCCUGACUGUUGUUCAUUACUUCUCUGGGCCUCUAGUGCAUUCGCACAGAUCUUUUUUCUUGUUCUUUUUUUUUUCUUUUUCUUUUUUUUUUUUCUCCCGAAGUGGAGCCAGCUUCACCUCGGCAUUAGUUAGACAAAGCUUUAGAUGCAGACGCAUGCUAGCAAAGAGACCCAGAGAGAGAGAGGGAGCUGACUGUGGAUAGUGUUUUGUGUGUGUGUGUGUGUGUGUGUGUGUGUGUGUGUGUGUGUGCUGUAGGCUUAUGAAUUUGGACUGAAGGAAAAAAAAAAAAACUCUACUUUAGUUGAUGGAAAUUUGCAUAUCACCAAGUCUUGUAGAAAAUGUAUCUAUCUUUGGCCCCAGAGGUGAGACACUGACUGCUUGUGUUUGUAUUGUACUUUAUUGUCUGCCAUACAAAUCUCAAUAAAUCUACUCUCAGCACCUUC